ACCGCGCCCAUGCCCGCAUACCUCGUAGGCCGACUGGCCGACCCCAUCCUCGGCCUCUCCACAGGAGUACUAGCCUACUAUCUCUGGGAGUACGAUCCACGCAAUGAUGCUCAGCGGCCCGAAGGGAGGAAAUUGGUCGAUCUAGCCCGGAGGAGAUUUGGCGGUGGCGUUGAGAGCAAGACGGUUGCACCUGUGACUAGUACUGCGACUGGAACGGGCGCAGUGGGGAAGGAAAAGGUAGUGUAGGAUCAUGCAGUCAGGGUAAUGGAGACAGGGAGGAGACGAAUUCGCGGAGCCGAAUGGCAAUAUACCCAUAUUGAAGAAUCACAAAUACAGGUCGCAAAUCAGAUGACUGAGAUCGACAUCUCGCGAAUGGUUCGGUUGACCAAUGAGCCGCACGAGGACAAGAUAUCGUGGUAUUGUCGAGAGAGGUGGAAGAUGAAAACAAGUGUCGACGGCGAGCGAGCUCGAGGUGGAUUAUAGAGGGCGGGGAAGAGGAGGCAGUCUCAGCAGCUCCGAGGAGGGCUGUGACAGGAGCGCAGGGGAAAGAGAUGCUUUCGACCUACCUGAGGUCGAGGUGGAUGGAGGGUAUCAGAAGCUAAUGAAAGGACAAGAGCUGGAUAAAGAAGGUAGCUAUCAUAGCAUCACAAAGAAAAAGAGGGCU